AUGGGUCCUGCUUCUCCCAUUUCCAUUCCCAUUCCUGCUAUCUCCGCUACAAAUGCUAACACUAUUGCAGCUGGGUUGUCAUUUAUCUCAUUCCUGUGUCUUUUAAUAGUGAAUUUGGGGACGCCAAUGAUUAAAUCAAUUUAUAUUGCGAUUUAUGAGGCAAAUAGCACUGAUCCAAGAGGUUCGAAAGUUAUAUAUGGCAUAUACGGAUUUUGUGAUGAAACCAGCACUUUGAUUAGUACUAAAUAUUCAUGUAUGAAAUUUGGAUCUACUAGUUAUGCGUAUCUUGGUGAUUAUUUAGAUUAUAGUGUUUACUAUAGAAGCGCAUUUACACAAUUCUUGUUGUAUAUGCAUGCUAUGGGUGUAGUAACAUCAUUCAUGCUGAUUUGCGUUGGCAUUUAUAGUCGUAGUCAUAUUAUGUUUAAAUAUGUGUCAUGGCUCCUCGCAUUAUUCAGUUCUUUUAUCAUUACGUUAGCAAUGGGAGGACAAAUUGACAAUCUUUUAAAAAUACAAAAAAUGCUUGAGACUCCACCAAUUGGUAGUACUACUAAAACUGUACUAGCUGAACCAACUGAACACGUAAGGAUUGGCGGUGUUGCAUUUGUCCUUGUACUUAUACCUCUCUUACUCUCACUCUUGUCAGCUUUUGCAUUUUACGUUGGAGAACAACGAGCUGCAAUUGAAAGGGGUGACAUCGAUGGUUUCAAUCAUGACAACCAUAACGAAAAUAUGUGCACUGGAUUUACCAAUCAGCCACCUGUUCCUCAAUAUCAGCAAUAUAAUAAUGAUCAAUCUUCAAAUCCACAAUUUGCGACUAAAGGAGGUGACUUCAAUGAUUCCAAGCAUGACGACUAUAACAAAUAUAACUAUGACGGAAAUAUGAGUGCAGGGUUGACCAAUCAGCCACCUUCUCCUCAAUAUCAGCAAUAUAAUAAUGACCAAUCUUCAAAUCCACAAUCUGCAACUAACAGAGAUGACAUCAAUGGUUCCAACUAUAACAAAUAUAACUAUAACGGAAAUAUGAAUGCAGGGUCGACCAAUCAGCCACCUUCUCCUCAAUAUCAGCAAUAUAAUAAUGACCAAUCUUCAAAUCCACAAACUGCAACUAAAGGAGAUGACAUCGAUGGUUCUAAUUAUAACAACUAUAACAGAAAUAUGAGCGCAGGGUUGACCAACCAGCCACCUUCUCCUCGAUCUCAGCAAUAUAAUAACGACCAGUCUUCAAACCCACAAUCUGCAACUAAAAGAGAUGACAUCAAUGGCUCCAACUACAACAGAAAUAUGAGCGCAGGGUUGACCAACCAGCCACCUUCUCCUCGAUAUCAACAAUAUAAUAAGGAUCAAUCUCCAAAACCGCAAUAUGCAACUAAAAGAAGCGACAUCAAUGGUUCCGAGCAUAACAAAUAUAACAGAAAUAACAAUGGCGGAAAUAGGAGUGCAGGGUCGACCAAGCAGCCACCUUCUCCUCAACAUCAGCAAUAUAAUAAUAAUACUAAAGGAGGUGACAUCAAUAAUUUCGAUUAUGACGACUAUAACAGCUAUUAA